GUUAGUGAGAAGAGAAGGAAGUUUGGCUUAUUACCGUGACGUCACGACAUAGCCCGGCGGAAGCGCGACGCUCGCCGCAAAGCGUGCCGGACGUUGUAGUUUCGAUGAUCUGCCUGGGCGACACAGGGCAGCCUGAGAGAUGACAAGCGUUCCUGAGAAGGCAAACACAGCACUCGAUGCUGUCAGCGGCGCGCGGGGUGAUGAGGACGAUCCCACCGGGAAGGAUGAGAACGCCGAGCGCGACUCGCAGGAUAAACUCACGGAAUUCCCGGAGGACUUUAACCAGCUGGAGUUACUGGAGACUCAUGGCCACCUAAUUCCUACCGGGACCCAGAGCCAUUGGCCUGAACAGUCUGAUGAAGAUGAUGAUGAAAAGCCUGAGGAGUGGUACCAGAUGCAAGAGAAGGCCCUAGAACCUAAACCCGCAGAGCUGAUACUUUUCGCAGCGGAAAACAACCGACUCAGUACAGUUCAAAGUAUACUGUCCAGCGCUCCAGAACUGGUGAAUGCCACCGACGAGGACCACUACACACCACUCCACAGAGCGUCGUACAACGGACACCUCGGCAUGGUGCGAGAACUGAUUGGACGAGGAGCCGACGUGCACGCCGUGACCUUGGACGACUGGACCCCUUUACACAGCGCGUGCAAAUGGAACAACACCCCGGUGGCUUCGUUCUUACUCCAGCACGGCGCGGACGUCAACGCGCAAACCAAGGGGUUACUGACGCCGCUGCAUCUCGCCGCCGGAAACCGAGAUAGCCGACAGCUUCUGGAACUCCUGUUGAUGAAUCGAUACGUCAAACCAAGCCUAAAGAAUAAAGCAGGGGAAACGGCUUACGAUAUUGCCAGGCGGACUGAUGUGUACCACUACCUCUUUGAGAUUGCUCAUUAUUGGAUAGGACCUUCAGCAGAAACAUAGACUCGUUAUCCGAGUGAACUGCUACGGAAUGGCUGUUAAAUUAUCGGAGUGGAAUAGGGGUAGACUUGCCUCUCGAAAUAUGUCUCCUUGCCUGUUGUGUGCGCUUGGCCGGCAGGCUGGUAAAGUUCUUGCACAUAAUACCAGGUGUGAAGCAUAUAUAGCAUAUUAAAAAUUGUAUAUUUUAGGGGGGGGCGACCCAAUAAUCCAUCAGAAUAAAGUACCACGACCUUAUUGCGCUUUGCUGUUGGAUAUUAUACAUAGAGCAUUUGUAGCUGUACAGUAUACUGUCAGUGUUUCAUGCACACUGUUGCGCCUUUACAAUGUGAGACGCUACAAUGUUAGCAUAAUCUCUCGGUCCGGGCCGAACCACCGCCAUCGUCUUUACCCAUUGUUGGAAGGUUUUAAACGUUUAGAUCUUCUGUAACCAUGGUAACGUGCUUUGUGUAUCUAGGCGUUGAUUGUGGGGCCGUGGAAUAAAAGCGUGAAACGAUAAUA